CAGAGACCUCCAUCCCUGUAAGAGACGAGGAGCAGAAUAUGCCUGCAUGAAGAGGGCCAGAGCAAGAAUCAAACCUCUCCUGGGCAGGCAGGUGUGGGAGAGCUCCUUUGCUGCAGGCUGCUUUCUGGAGUGCUCUCAGUGGGGUUUUGUCACUGUAGUGACUAUAAUUGGAAGCAGGUUUGGGUUUCGGUGUUUUGAGUUUUUUUCCCCCUGAGUCGUCAUGCUGCAGCAAAUUUUGCGUGAUAUGUAUAUUGACCCUGAGCUCCUGGCAGAGCUGAAUGAAGAGCAAAAGCAGAUCUUGUUCUACAAAAUGAGAGAAGAGCAGCUGAGGCGCUGGAAGGAGAGGGAAGAAAGAGCACGAAUGGAGGAGGCCGUGCUGAGAAAGACAGCGAGGCGCAAACAGAGUAAUGGCAAACAUGUGCAGUGGCUACGUGGGAAGGAUGGUGAGGUCUGGGUCUGGGUUAUGGGAGAAGCCCCAGGUGACAAGCCGUAUGAACAGAUAUCAGAGGAGCUAAUAGCAGAGCGAGCCAGGCAACAGGCGCAGAAGGAGGCAGAAGAACUAUGGAGGCAAAAGGAGGCUGAAAUUACAAAGAAAUUCCGGGAUGCUAUGGCUCAAGAAAAAGCCAGAAUAGUGGCAGAAAAAUGGAAAAUAGAAAUAGAAGAUCGGAAAGCUGCCAAAUUGGAGGAAGAGAAAAUUCAGGAGGAACUGAAGAAAAGAGAAGAAGAGGAAAGACAAAAGGGUGAAGAACAAAUAAGGCAGCAGGAAGAAAUCCGAGCGAAAGAGCUGUAUCUGAGCCUCAAGCAAGCGCAGCAGCAUAGUCAGCACAGUGACGAUGACCAGGAGUGGGAAGAACAGUUGCGCCGCUCCAAAGCUGCAGAUGAGGAAAGGAGCCACAAAGCACGCAGGGCCCGGGAUGAAUACCGCCGGCAGUCCUUGCGUGCCAUCCAGAAGGGAAGAGUGGCUGGCCUGAGCAAUCUGUUCCAGGGAACAAGCCUGAAUAACGAUCAGGAGAUAAAAAUGAACAACAAUAGUGCAAGACCUUUGCUGUCUCUCUCUGCAGUGUCCAGUAACAUCUGGGAGCGCCCUUCCAGACCCUUCUCCCGAGAUGUCAUCAUUCGCUGGUUCAAAGAAGAGCAGAUCCCUCGACGUGCUGGGUUUGAGAGGAGCACCAACAGGAUUGCUCAGUGGUUUCAUGGUAUUAUCAGCCGCCAAGAGGCAGAAGAGUUGUUGAUGAAUAGAUCUGAAGGAACAUUCCUGGUGCGAGUCAGUGAGAAAAUCUGGGGCUAUGCAUUGUCUUAUCGCCAGCAAAGUGGGUUCAAACACUUCCUGGUUGAUGCUUCGGGGGAUUUCUACAGCUUCUUGGGGGUAGAUCCAAACCGACAUGCAACACUGACAGAUCUUAUUGAUUUUCACAAGGAAGAAAUCAUCACAUCCUCAGGUGGGGAGCUACUACUGGAGCCAUGUGGACAGCAGAAGAAUCCACCAGACUACAGCUCUUUAUUUGAAUAACUGAUCCAGGACCAAAAAGAAUGCAUUCUGCAUAGCCGUAGUAAUAGAUAGCUCCAAAAGUAAACACUGAAAAGUAGUUAACAAAAUUCCAAAGCCGCUGGUCCUGUGGCCAAAAAGCAUCCUCAUUAGAAGCCCAAAAUAAUUGUUUUGCAUCUGAAUUAUCAUCAUUAUUCACAUGGCUAACAUUUUAAGGGUGAGAAAUGACCAGCAAUUUACAAAUGAGGAUUAUUCCCAGAAAUUUUCAAGGGGUUGUGGCCAAUUGCACCAAACCCUAAGUUCCCAUCUUGAUUUCCUUAAUGUCUGAGAUUGAAAAUGCAAAACGCAGCAAGUACGGGUUGGACAUAUUCAUAGAGUAUUGUAUGAACUACCAAUAUGGGUGAACAGAUUCUUUUUUCCAAAGCAAGGUUUGUCAGUUUCUGUUGACAAUCUCACUGAUAACAAGAGAAGCAGUCUUAAAAUGUCCUUUUGCAGUUUGUGAUUGCUAAAGUGGCUAGGUGUAGCUGGAAACUUGCCAACGCGCUUUUGAAUUCAGGCCUACGAAGUUCAUAGAGAGCACAGACAGAAUAAGGUCAUUCACAUUUUCUUUACAGUUCUAUGCAGUCCAACAGCCUUGGAAAGAAUUUUACUGCUGUACGGGAAGUGGUCAGUUUAUUCUAAACUAGUUAUUCUAAUGAAAGCAGUCUGAUUUGCAGAAACAACACUCCUCUCACUGGCCUUGUCAUGUUUUCUGCUUUCUGACGUGCAAGAUACCUGCUGGAGAUUCCUAGCUUUACUUUGCUAUAGGACAAGAUAUCUUCCUUAGCUGAGCUGUGAGUGAAGGUAGGGGUGGUACAUUUAUCCAUAGAAAAGGUACAACUAAUUACAUUAUAAUCAUGCUAUUUCAUGUUUAAAAAAAGAUGCACACAAUGUGUUCUGGAUCCAUUUGUUAUACAUAUUAAACCCCAUGAAAAUAGAUCUGUAGCCUAGUUCUAGGGAGCAGUUCCUUAGUGUUUGGACUACUGGAAAAAAAGUCUCAUCAUAGUAGAUAAUUUGCAGUCCUGCAAUUUGUGUCUUAGUAGUCCUUGCACUCCGGGAUGUCACACAAUAUAGAUGUAGUCCUGCAUUGUUUCACUGGUAAGCUGGGAUACCAUUGAGGCAACCAUUUCAGGAAAGGGAGUGGGAGAGUUGCAGAACUGAUACUGUCACCUUCCUGUGUUCCUUCCUCUGUUCCCAUGAACGGCCAGGUAGAAAUUGCUGGGUAUAGAACCGAUCUUUUCAGCUCCAAACAUUCAUUUUGCAGGGCAGCAUUUCAAAUAACACGGUUGUGACAGUUUUAUAAAGAACUGAUUUGUUUCAAGAGUGAGUGGGACACGGGAGAAGUACUUGUGUGCCUCUUGCUUAGUCUCAUAGUCAUGCCUUUAAUAACCGGUUUCUCACUGUGGCAGUUUUUUCCUAUGUGAUAUGUAUGUUGAGAUGUAAAGUGGACCAAUCCGUAUGUGUUACUGUAUCUCCACAGUCAAUUUUUUUCAGGGAAUCUCUUUCCAUAUAGGAAAGGCACACUGAGUGUAUUUCUAUAUGCUACUGCUUCAGGCAGUCUCUGUGGUUCUCUUCCAAAUCCCAGUGCAGACUUCCCUCCUGAACCUCAUCUAAAUCCAUCUCUCCUCAAAUAGUCAUUUCUUUUGACUCAUUGUUGCCUUCUAUACUUUGCCUUGUCCAAGCUUAUAAUGCACACUGUACAUUUAAGGUGCUACAAUAAUUAUAAAUACCUGUGGUAGUAAUAACAUCAAUUUUUUUCCUAGUAAUUCUACAGUUAGCCCAUAUUAAAGUACAGAUUUUUGCAUGCAAACUUCAUUGUUGUUUGGGAAAAUUUUCUUCUCUUAACAUCGCUCUUUGUGUGAUUUAAUCCACCGAUGUUUGCGCCCCAUGAAAAGAAAAUUCUAAUGAACUUUCCAUGGAGACUUAGCUGGACAGUUUCCGUAUUAAUCACUUGGGACACUGGCUAAGGAGGUUUUAAAUAGUUACUGUUAGCACCUCAUAACAAAGCAAAUCAGGACACAGCAAAUAAGCAAUGCUUUUUAGCUGGAGCAGCUGUUCUUAUCUGCACAGGGCUCAGAUAAGACAACAGCUGGGCUUUUCACAGCACGUGUCCUACAGAGGUAGGACAUUCUUUAGCUUUGUGCCUGUGAUGCCUUGAAAAACAAAGUGACUUGGCAGUUAGACAAAAGGUCAAGAUACCCAAGUGGUCUUGGAAUUUUGUUGAAGUGUGGUCCUCUGCAGGUCACCAGGGGCUGGAUUCUUGAAGUGGAAUACAGCUCUGCAAUUCUGAAGGCCUCUAGUAGGAUCUAAUAGUCUCCAUUAAAUAAGAAGCCUGGUAUGUGUGAUCCAGGAUCAGAACACACCUGGUACAGGUGUAUAUAGACGUUGAAUCCAGCUACCAGCAUGUGUGGCUCAGCACAGAGUAAUUCACUGUGCUUCAAAUAUGGACUCUGUAAAAUAAUCACACAGUACAUUGCUUUUUUUCCAGUAGAACAUUCACUAAGUGCAGUCUACCUCCUCCAAAGAGCCCCAGUAUCUACCAGCUUUUCCCUCUGAGAAACUAGCUGUGCACUUCCUCCUUCUCUAUAGGCAUCUCAAGAAUGGCCUCAGGUUAUUCAUAGCUGCCCAUGUUUCAUCACAGAACAACCAGGCCCCUGCUUUGAAGGAGAAUGGAAAGCAACCUUUUAAAGUUAAAAAACGCAGGUAUCCCUAGACUUACUUCUGAGGCCAGAGAGCAGCAGCUGGCUGUGUAGGACUGAGGGUCUAAAGGUGGUACUGAGUAAUUAAGGUGGUAUUUAGAGACCUAGACAUGUUUGCAGACUGGUGUUUUCCUUUAUGGCCUGUUAAAAAAAAAAAAAAAAAAAAAGGCAUAAAAUGCCACCUUCUCUUUGGAAAACGUGCUAGGCAUGCUAGAAAAGAAGACAUGCGAUUUAAUUUCCAAAGUUUUCAGAAGAUUACUCAACCCAUUGUACACAAUUUUGGAAAUGUUUAUAGACAGAAUGUUGAAGAACUUGUUCCAUAAAGAAUUCACAUUCAGAGACUGAUAAUAAUACAGCUAUUUAUUUCUAGUGAAUCAUUUCCCAGCAACAGUUUGCAUUUUGUUUAGCCAAUAAGAAGGUUUGGAAGUGUUAGCUCUUUAGCUUAUGUGUCUUCCUGUGAUGUAAUUAACAUCACAACAGCACGAUUAUUUUCACUUUGGAGCACAUUUCCUACUUUUAAUUUUCUAAAUUUUUCUGUCUAUGCUCCAUCCAUUUCUCAUUCCAGGUUUUACCUGGCUUUAAAAUAAAUCCCUUGUAAGUUCCCCUGCAAAUGAAAUUACUUGGAAAACUCCAACUUCAUCUGGGAGUUUUAUUAUGCUAAUAAAUGUCAGAAUUCUGAAGUAAAGAAAUUGCUUUUUUUUUUCUAUAGCCCCACAGAAAUAAUGAAAAAUAGCCAGCCAAUUCAUAGAGUUACCAGGAAAGAAAACCUCAACAAUACAUAACCAGAAGCAGCAGCAAUAAAAUACAAUGCAACUUAACUGAAGAUAAAUUUUGAAGGAAACAAAAGGAGAUCAUAGCAAACAGAAAUUAAGAGGAACAGAAACUUUCCUUGGUAGAGACGUGCAGCUGCUGCCAAUACACUUGAGGGCUGUGGGCAAAGUACAAGCGUGGAGAUGUUUUCUAAGCUAACAAAUGCUUCUUGUCUUCCAGAAAAUAAGAGGACUAUGAAAAGGUAACCAGUUACUAGGAAGAAUAGAAGGGAAAGCAGUGAAGGAGUAAAUAUGGAGCAUGGAAAAAAUAAGAAAGGGGGAAAUGCGCUUAUCCCAUUGUUUCAAAAGCAUUUUGGACUUUUGCUGGUCUGGGAGGAAGACUGGUCACUGCUACCUCCCUCUCACUCUGCAGGCCUCCAAGAUUUCAGCUUUGAGCUAAAUCUACAUUGGAGCUAGAUUUUACACUCUCAGUCUGUAAGAGCUGGGCUGGUCCAUGCUGCAGCCUUGAAUGCUGCAUCUGCUUCAUGCUGUCUGCCUCUACAUUUCGCACUGUCUGAAGUUCUUCAUCACUGUAUAUGAAGUCUUUUUUAGUGCUGCAGUUUCAAUGUCUGGAUCAAUGUCUAAUAUUCUAUUAGACAGUGACCUUCAAGUCUUGCUUUCUGAUCUGUUUUUCCAGUGGUAGCUAUUGUUGGGUCAUAAGAGGUACGUGUUAUGGAUUUUCAUUGUAAGAUUUCCUGUCAAUAUUUUAUGUCAAUGAGACCAGCGGGAAUACACCGAGACAUGUAUUAUGGUAACUGUUUCAUGAGGAAAAAUGCUACAGCAAUAAGGAAAACAAACUUUUAAAUGAAUUGAACUUUUCUUCAUAUCUGUUUCACAGCAAUAAAUAUGGCAUAUAAGGUCCCAAGCUUGUCUGCAUAUCUCUUUGAAAAAGCAGCUCUUGAGGAGUUAUUUUUGCUUCUUCCUGGAUCCACAGAUGCAUCUGUUCUUUCUAAUUUUGUUUUCAUCUGUUAUGGUACACAGACAUCUCCAAUUUAAUUGGCAAGUCUACGCUUGGGGUGGCAGGCGAAACGCCCUCCUUGCCCACCUCCCCUUCCCAGGUGCCUCUGUAUAACAGGUAUGAGGCUGUGCAGGUGGAAGACCGGUCAAUGGAAGAUGUGGAUAACAGUCCGUCUAUAGCAGUGACGGUGCCAGUGUCAGAAAGGCCUACCCCCAGUAUCAAAACAGCCUCCAUAAGGAAGAGAGAAUGGGUUAUAGUUGUAGGUGACUCCCUUCUGAGGGGAAUAGAGGGUCCAAUAUGCUGGACUGACCCUCCUCUUAGGGAAGUCUGCUGCCUCCCUCGGGCCUGGGUUAAGGACAUUGCUAGGAAACUUCCCAGUCUGGUACAGCCCUCAGGCUAUUACCCAUUCCUGCUCUUCCAUGAAACCAUAACACAUAGUCCAAGGGCAAUCAAAAGAGACUUCAGCAUCUUGGGUUGGCUAGUAAGGGACUCUGGAGCACAGGUUAUUUUCUCCUGUCUCCUUCCAGUUGCAGGCAGCAACACUGGAUGGAACAGAUGCACCCAGUCUAUUAACACAUGUCCCUGUGGCUGGUGUCAUCGCCACAAUUUUGGUUUUUUUUUUAGAUAACGGGAUGGGCUACGCAGCACCAGGCUUGUUGGCAUCUGAAGGGAUUCACCUUUCUCGAAGGGGAAACAGGGUCUUUGCUCAUGAGUUUGCAGGGCUUAUUGACAGAGCUUUAAACUAGGCUUGAAGGGGGAGGGUGUUAAUAUCAGGCUUGCCUGAGACAAGCUGAGGGAUGACAUGCCACGGUUAGAGGGAUGGGGUGCUAGCGAGGGCACUCAGGCUGUAUCUGAGAUGCGUAGGGUUCACUGGAGCACAGUUGAAGUUGUAUGGAGAUGAGCUAGGGGCUGCUGAGGUAAUAGAGGCCAAGAGGGGAACACCAGUGAAACACCUCAAAGGAGUGAUGGGGUGUUCCUCUAAGAAGGUGACAUGGAUGAUGGCCCAGCUGCUGCUGCUGAUACACAAAUGUACACAGUAUGGACAACAAACAGGAGGAGCUGGAAGCCUUUGUACAGCAGGAAAACUGUGAUAUAGUUGCCAUCACGGAAACAUGGUGGGAUGACUAGCACAACUGGAGUGCUGCAAUGGAUGGCUAUAAGCUCUUCAGAAGGGAUAGGCAAGGCAGGAGAGGCGGUGCAGUAGCCCUGUACGUUAGGGAGUGUUUGGAUGGUCUAGAGCUUAAUGAUGGUGACAAUAGGGUUGAGUGUUUAUGGGUAAGAAUCAGGAGGAAGGCCAACAAGGCAGAUAUUGUGGUGGGUGUCUGUUACAGACCACCCAACAAGAAUGAAGAGACAGAUGAAUUACUCUACAAGCAGAUGGGAGAAGCCUCACAAUUGCUAGUCCUUGUCACUGUGGAGGACUUCAGUCUACCGCCGUCUGCUAAUCUGGGAUCGAGGGCACGCUCAGUAAGUUCACAGAUGACACCAAGUUGUGCAGAAGUGUUGAUCUGCUUGAGGGAAGUAAGCAACCUAUACGAUUCUGUGUGUAUUCUAUGUGUAAUACUGCUCUCUUCUCUAAAAGAAAAUAAAAAAAAAAACAAGCACAGAAAUUGACAGCGGUCAUGGAUGAGAUUUUCAAAGCUAUUCAGAGAAUGUAGAUGCCAGUGUAUUACCUCUUAUAAAUACUGUAAUGGAAUAAUUAUGUAGUAUGAAUAUUUAUAUAUUAGUUUUAUAAAAGAACAAUCCAGGUCAGCUAUUAAGUACUAAAUCCCUAUUGUGCUGAACAAGUGCUGAGCAAAAGAAGAUAGCUCCUGUCUCAAGAAAGAGGUACCUAAAAUUCUUAGUUAUAACAGAGAUUAUUUUCAGAGUUAGUGAGUAGAAACUGUUUCCAAAGACUAGAUUCGGAGUAACAAUUUCCACUAUGUUUCAAUGACUUUGAAUCAAACUAAUAAAACUAAUUUCUUUGCUGAGAUGAGCCAGAGGAGGCCACAAAAAUGCUCUGAGGGCUGGAGCACCUCUCCUGUGAAGAAAUGCUGAGAGAGUUGGGGUUGUUCAGCCUGGAGAAGAGAGGUCUGUGGGGAGACCUUAUUGCAGCCUUACAGUACUAUAGGAAAGAUGGGGGCAACCUCUUUAGCAAGGCCUGUUGUGACAGGACAAGGGGUUAUGGUUUUAAACUAAAAUUAAAAGGAGGGUAGAUUUGAACUGGAUAUAAGGAAAAAAAUUUUUACUGUGAGGGUGGUGAAACCCUGGCCCAGGUUGCCCAGGGAGGUGGGAGAUGCCCAUCCCUGUGAACAUUAAAGGUCAGGUUGGUCGGGGCUCUGAGCAACCUGAUCUAGCUGAAGAUGUCCCUGCUCACUGCAGGGGGGUUGGACUAGAUGGCCUCUAACGGUCCCUUCCAACCCAAACCAUUCUAUCGGUCUAUGAUCCUAAUACACUGAUUACAGUAAAACAAUUCAGUUUUGUACAAACUAGGGAUCCACUUCUGAUCAUUCUUCCUGAGUCCCCACAGACCUGAAUUUACACUAUUAAUGGAGUUACACCAUGUUUCACUGCAGUCAAAAUUCUUCUCUUUACAUAAUGCCACAACACAAACCUGAUCUCAGGUGAAAUGUGAUAGUUCACUGUGGGAGAAAUUUUUCUCUUCCUUUGUAUGAAUGUAUUUGUUUGCAUGAUUUACAGGUUGGAGUUGAUUUUUCCAUGAUUUUCAAGGACUGACUUUCUUUUCUGUUUUAUUAUGCCUUUGCUUUAAGAUUCCUUUUUUCCUUUCCUAAGACGACAGGGCUAGUGACCUCUGUGAAGUAACAAUGUAUCCCUGGCUGGGCUAUCAAUUGCAGAACAGGUGUUUGCGCUUGACCAGAUGUUUGAUUUGUGUUUCCUGAAAUGAAUCUUCUGGAUACAUACUGUCUGAUGAUAAUGACCCGUAAUUUAUUUUUAUAGCUAAUUCCUUGCCAUGCAAGUGCUGUGUGAAACAUUCUUUUCAAAUAUUUGUUUACUGCUAGCAAUUAGUCCUGUAGCUUGUAUAUUUACAUUAUGACCCAUAGCUAAUGCAUAUUUUAUACCAGGCUGGAGCCUUCAAUGAGUUUGGUUUCUUCUCUCUUGGAAUUUCUUCCAGUAGUUUUAAAUGAAGGAAACAUCAUUUUAUGUUACCUUUAUUAAACAUCAGUAAGUGAUUUCUCUUACGGAGGAGAAAUAACUUCAAACGGGAUUGGACAUUUAGUUUGGUCCCAAUUGUGCUCAUUUGAUCUAUGUGCAAAGAAAACACUUAGCAUUUUAAUGUCUUCUUUAACGCUUAGCUGCCAUUUCUCCUCUGUUCUCAGUUUUAAUGAGAACUGUAUGUGGGAGAGAAGAAAGGAGGUAGGACUGUCUUAUUGCAUGUAAUUUUACAUGUAACAGCAGGCAAAGUCUUGAAUUAAGUAUUUACUGAGAUGGAGUGUUUUUCCUGCUUAUCAGAGGAUCCAGGCUGAGACCUACCGUCACUGCUUUUCCCUUACACAACAGCAACAGGAAGCUGUUCAUACUGGGUGUGAAAAGGGCCCAAAUGGAGUUGAAUAAGUAACAUUGCAGUGCCCCAGGAAUGGUACAGAAGUAGCGUACAUCAAGAAGAUGGUAAGGACGUAUUUUGUAUGUCGGUGUAUAGAGCUGAGAGUGAUUUCAAAAUCUUGUUUUGUAGAAAUUAUUUCUUUUAAUCAUAUGAUUGUCAUUAAUGGUCAAUGCAUGGGAAGACAUGGCCAGUCUUAAUGCAAUUCCUAUUCCACAAAUCCAUAGAACAUCGAUUGCCUGAAAGGACCAUCAGAAAUACUUGUCUUAGACAAGAAUUCAUAUGCAUUAUUGUAUGAUAUUUGGGGCAGAGGAUUUUAAAAUGUAUUAUGCAUUAUUAUCAGGAUAUGAGAAUGUAGAAGCUAAACACUGCUAACCACAUAAAGCAUAAUGAACUUCUCAGUGUAAUUUUUAUAGCACUUAAAAAGUCAACCAAGAAUAAAGGUAUCACCGGUUACACUCCUCUCCUGUCAGUGUUGUAAACAAGAAAAUGUCUUCUCAUCGAGGAGUUGAAGCUUAAUAAUGGUCUUAAAUAUUACAGCAAAUAAUUUCAGAGUUGUACACUGAUCACUGCUCUCCAAUUAGUAAGAUAGCCCAUCGCACUUAUAUUUGUUCUUGGUUCUCAAACUUGUCUUGCUUGUGAUAGCCCGAUGCUAAUGAGAAAUACGUUUUUAGUAAGUAAUUCAAAUCCAGCUUUAUGGAAGAUGUAUUAAGGUAUAUGUUUCAUUGUCAUAUUUGCCAUGAACAUUUUCUCGCAGGGAAUCCUAGAAAAAAAUUAAAAUUUCUAAGAGCAAUGACUAAAUGCAUACAGUUCUGGUCUGACUGCUAGACAGUAUUUUGUCACCUUUUAUGUGCUAUACUCACAGCACGCUGAUUCAUUCAUUUUGAAUUUCAGUAUACGAUGAGCUACAUUGGAACCUAUCUAUAUUUUUUUAAUAACAAAUCAGUAAAGAGCUGUGCAUUUGAGCAGACAGUUCUGUGGGAUAAAAAUAUUCACCCAACUCCAGUACUGAGCCCCACAAUAUCCACUGGAGUUGAUGUGGCAAUCCUUAGUUGAUAAAUAUGAGAAUUAUUUAUAAGGACUGCCCAUCAAAAUCACUUUUCACUUCCCCCAGAAAGAAACUCAGCUAUUCUAAGAUCUUCCAUUGACACUUUUUAAAGGACAAAAGGUCUGUUUUCAAAAUGCAAAGCAUCAUGAAAUUGUUUAAAAUUUUUUUAGAGUAAAAAAGAUUAAAAAUAUCUAAAGACAUUUUUAAUUGCAGAAAAUAUGAAAAGUAUGCACAAAUUUAAUACGCAUAAAAAAUCAAUUCUGUAUUCAGCCCUAAAAGAAAAUGUGCUGCUUUAGGCUCCAAAGUCAAUACAGAUAUUCAAUGUUUUUGACAUUUCAUCAGGUAUCCCUUCUCUCCCUUAAUGCUCUUUCCUUUUAAGGGAGAAUGGAAAUACCCAGGGAACAGUUAUUCAAAAUGUCAGGCACAUUAAAUAUCUGAUUUGACAACUGAAAUAGAUUUAUGAAAGUUGAAAUAAGACCCCAUAUAAUGUUUUCUCCAGAAAAAAAUCAAGCUAGCACAGUAGGUGAGUUCAGAAAAAAAAAAAAGAACUGAGGUAUAUUGUAUGCAAUUUUGAAUAUUUUGUGUUACAUGCUUGGAUCGUUACAGUAUGAUUUCCAUUUAUACACUACUAAAAAGUGUCAGCACUGAAAAAUAAUUAAUUUAAAUGGAAUAAUAAAUAACAUAAUGGAAAUUAAGUCUACUAUUCUAGUUUCUCUGAAAAGGGCUCAUUCUGCCAGCCCUAUGGUUAUGUAAAAGACUAAGCCUAUAUAUGAACUUUUGCAGAAAAAAGGAUUUAAUUUUCCAAGUUGUCAUUGUGACUAAUCACAACAGGAACCUCCUCCUGGAUGAAGGUCUCUGAUUAAGAAAUACAGAAUUCUGAUUACAAGUUCAAAUACCAAAUAGAAACAUUUGCAAUGAACCAGUUGCGUGCAAAUGCAAAACAUCCAACAGAAUAGCCACUGUCAUGCAGCAAAAACUGAAUAAGUUGGGCUCCAGUUGUUCACCUUAAACUGAACUAGAAAUGUUGACUUCAUCCAGAGGUCCAGGUCAGUGUGGUGUCAGCUCCUCUGACAAAGAUCACUGGUUAUUUGAGGAGACGUGGGGUCAGAAGAGAGUGUGAAAACUUUGAAACCUUGAAAUAUUUCCUUGAUAGGAAAAAAAAUACUUCUCCUUCCCCACCCUAGAUAAGAGUCUGUUUGCAAAGGAAAAAAGGAGGCUUUGUGAAACCGUUGCAGACAUCUUUUUCCUGUUGGUGAGUAGGCAUUUAGACAAUUUGUUGAAGUCAAUGAGAAGUAAGUUGGGAAUAAGGAUUUCACAGCCAGGUCAUUUUUUAUUCAUUCUCUUCUAUAGCACAGCACAUACAGUUGUGAAGUGCUAACCCAUCUGUUCUAGGAAGUUGUUCAAAAUCCAAUGGACUAAAAAUAUUCUCUUUGCCAAGGAGACAGUCAAGGUGAUUUGAAAAGGCUUGGAUGCUUUUACUUUGGGCCACAGUCUGCAGAUAAAUUAAGAGGCAUCAGAGCUUUUUUUUUUCCCUCUCCUCUUCCCCCCGACCUAUUAAUAAUGAAGAAAAUUCACAACAACCAAGGAGAAACCUGCCUGCUGGCUAAUAUUCUGUUUGUAAUACUGUCUCUGUACCUGCCCAUGGUGCUAAAAUUCAAGUUACACUUUAGUAAUUGAUGAUCACUUGCCAUAUCCCUUUGUAAAGCUUUUUUAUCAAUGUCUUUGGUAGUUCAUUUUGUAUCAGCAGCAAAUGAAUGAAAUUUUAAUGGAACAGAGUGCUCUACUUGAGAUUGAAUUAAUGUUGAUUUACCUGUUUCAAUAUCAAGUGAAGUUUUCAAAGUCUAGAAGGAUAAUAGUUUUUCAGGUGUUUUUUCUUUGAUAACUUUGUUUCUGCACAAUGGUGGCAUCCUUGUG